AUGGAAAUCAACAGCGGGAUGUGCCACAAGAACAAGGCUGUGUUCAUUAUGGGAGCAACCGGAACCGGAAAGUCUCGCCUCUCCAUCGAACUCGCCACCCGUUUUCCGACCGAGAUCAUCAACGCCGACAAAAUUCAAGUGUACAAGGGACUGGACAUCGUCACCAACAAGGUCAGCGAGCAGGAGCGCCGAGGCGUGCCCCACCACUUGCUCGGCAACGUCGAUCCCGACUCCGACUUCACCGCUCGCUACUUCAGCCUCCGCACGCUGUUCGCCAUGGACACCAUCACGAGCUCGAGCUGGAUUCCCAUAAUCGUGGGCGGAUCCAACAACUACAUUGAGGCGCUGGUGGAGAGUCCGCACUACAGGUUCAAGGCCAAGUAUCAACCCUGCUUCAUAUGGCUCGACGUUUCGGUGCCUGUACUGCACGCCCACGUCUCGAAACGGGUCGACCAGAUGGUGGCGGCGGGGCUGCUGGAGGAGGUCCGUGAAAUAUUUGUUCCGGGAGCUGACUAUGACAAGGGAAUUCGCCGCGCCAUCGGGGUUCCGGAGAUGGAUCCGUACUUGCGGGCCGAGAGUGCCGCUGCCGGCGCCGAGGAAGAUAAGAAGCGAAAGGAGGCUCUUCUGAGGUCGGGCAUUGAAGCCAUCAAGGCGAACACCUGUGAACUGACGUGCUGCCAGAUAGGGAAGAUCCAGCGGCUGAGGAAUGAGGUUGGAUGGGCGAUGCACCGCAUUGAUGCGACUCGGGUGUUCGAGGAAUCAGGGAAAGAGGUGGACCAAGUGUGGGAGAAGGCGGUGAAGGAACAUAGCUUGAAGAUAGUGGGUGAUUUUCUCAAAAUUGAUGCAUUGGAAACAAAAUUUGGAGACUCAAUGAUAGAGCUGUUGCAGCAUUGUUGAUCGAUCAGUAAAGCAUACUGAUACAUGACGAGAAGUUAAAAGAGUCAUACUAGUGAUUUUUUCAAUAAUAAACUCUAAAGAAUGCAAUUAAAGGAAUGAGAAGAGUGGGGGUAAAUAUUGUUUUUAAUGC